CUCAAAGCUGAGGAGUCGACUCCUGUGAUCGGAGAAUCGAUUCUUUUUUUUGAGACUGAAUCCCAGCCCGAGUUACCAUGCAACCAGACGCUUCGGAGUUGCACUUUUAAUAACAUUAGAUGUAUUUCAUGAAGUAUGUAUAUAUGGCGGUGUAAUAUUAUUUUCAAGUGCAUAGUCAUGCUGUAAUGCAUGCUUCUCGUGUAGCUAGCUCCACCGCUAACUCAGUUCAGGAGUAAAUAAUCGGAUGAUAUGGCUGAUGGAUGGUGCAGUGACAGCGGGGAGGCUGUGUACCGCUCCCGGGAUGCAGUGAAAAACUUCAAAAUAAGAAUCCGGAUUGAGAGAGUGACAUCAGCAGGAGCUUUCGCACAUCAUCUGAAACAGCAACACCAGUCGGAGCGAGGCGUCCUCGAGCUCAACCCUUUAAUCUCCCAAACCCAAUCAGUUGGUGAUGAAGAAGAGCUGGUGGUUGGCUGGCAAGAGAAACUGUUCAGUCAGUAUGAAGUGGACCUGUACCAGACCAAGUCGGUGUGCCAGACCCCGCUGGAAAAACAGUAUCAUGCAGAAAUUGUAGAAAUGGAACGAUGUAAAAGACGACAAAAUCGGCGCAUUUUCACCUGCACAGACUUUGAUCGCUUCACCAACUGGGAGGAGCAGGCUCAGAGUCUGCUAACUCCAGCGCAGAACAAGCCGACCUUCCUUGCAGAGCGCAUGGCAAAUGUCAGGCACAGACGCCAAGACAGACGGCCAGCAGACGCCAACAUUCCAAAGGCCCGUUUAGUCGUAUGGGAGCCGUCCAGAGAGUUUAUGAAGAGCAGCCACAUUGUUAACACACCAACGCAGAUCAUGCACAUCAUGGCAGAUUUGGGACCCGCUGGAAAACUGGGGUUGAAGGAGAACGAAUACGUCUUGUGCACCAUAAAAGCCGACAGCAACGGAGUUCUUACAGUGAAACCUGAUUUCAACAACGGGAGAGGACCCUACAGGCUGGAGACGGAGGGAGAAAAACGAGAAGUGUGGCGUCUCUACCUGGAGAACGCCUCCGUUCCCAUGAGUGCAGAGGAGAAACAGAAGGAGCAGCGCAUGUACAAAGACUUAUACAGCCGCCAUAAAGAUUAUCUCAGCAGCCUCGUUGGCCAGGAUUUUGAAAUGCCACCACCAGGAUUUCUUCGUUUGAUCGUUAACGGGGAGAUAGUUUCUGCACAGGGCUAUGAGUAUGACAACUUAUACAUUCACUUCAUCCUGGAGUUGCCAAACAAUUGGUCCAGUGUGCCAUCUCGGAGCCUGUCAGGUGUGACUCAGACAUGCCGAACACGAACAUUAGGCAAGGACAAUGUGGCUUUCUUCUCCUACCCGUUCAGUUUUGAAUCCUUCUUCAGGAAAGAAGACGAGUCAGAGGAGUCAUUGCCUCAGUGGCCAGUGCUGUACUUCAGGGUUCUGUCACUGGACUUCUGGCAGCGCUACAGAACCGAGGGCUAUGGUUACCUGGUCUUACCCCCAACACCUGGGUCUCACAGAGUGACCUGUCACACUUGGAGGCCGCUGCAGACCAGCACAGUGGCUGAACUGAGACGUUUCUUUAUUGGCGGCGCUUCUGAACUCGAAGACAUCAGUGACGUCAGAAUACCAGGAACAUUCAAGGGGGAUCGUCUGAGUCGGUUUGGGUUUCGCACACAGACGACAGGGAGCGUCACUUUCAGCCUGAACUGCAUCCAGCAUGCUCGGGCGUUCGUGGAGGCCAGUGCUCUCAAGAAGAGACAGCAGACUGUUUUAGACCAGCUGGGUGGCCACAGUCAGAAAGGAUCUGUUUAUAACGUGCUAGAGGCGUUCCAGAGGGCUCGUAAGCGGAUGCAGGAAGCCAGAGAGAGUCUGCCCAGAGAUCUGAUCAACACCACUGGACCAGUCAACACCGAAUCCUCAGCAUGAACAUGUUGCAGUCUCUUUCUCUAAAGAGCAGUGUUUUUCUACAGUAUCUGUACAUAGCUAGUUUGUAUAAACACAUGCAAGUUGUAUUUUUCAACUUCACAUAUUAUGCGCCCCCUCCCUUUGGACUAGUUUAACCUAUUAUUAAGAAAUUAUCACAACCCAAAUAAUCGCUACUAAAGGGAUUUAUUACAGACACCAAGCACCAGCACAACACUGAGCAGCAGAGAGCGCCAGAAUCAUGACUACAUGCCACGGAACCCCUUACAGAUUAAACUGAUUUAUUAAUACGAGUUUAUUCGAGGGUUUUAAAUUAAAUUAGUCCAAAUCAAGGUCAUUACAUUUUUGAAUAAUUUCAUUAAUGCUUCUCUCCAGGAAACAAAAAAACCCAAUGCCUCCAUAGUGCCGUCAUAUCCACUACCGUUCAAAAGUUUGGGGUCACCCAGACAAUUUUGUGUUUUCCAUGAAAAGUCACACUUUUAUUUACCACCAUAAGUUGUAAAAUGAAUAGAAAAUAUAGUCGAGACAUUUUUCUGGCCAUUUUGAGCAUUUAAUCGACCCCACAAAUGUGAUGCUCCAGAAACUCAAUCUGCUCAAAGGAAGGUCAGUUUUAUAGCUUCUCUAAAGAGCUCAACUGUUUUCAGCUGUGCUAACAUGAUUGUACAAGGGUUUUCUAAUCAUCCAUUAGCCUUCUGAGGCAAUGAGCAAACACAUUGUACCAUUAGAACACUGGAGUGAGAGUUGCUGGAAAUGGGCCUCUAUACACCUAUGGAGAUAUUGCACCAAAAACCAGACAUUUGCAGCUAGAAUAGUCAUUUACCACAUUAGCAAUGUAUAGAGUGGAUUUCUGAUUAGUUUAAAGUGAUCUUCAUUGAAAAGAACAGUGCUUUUCUUUCAAAAAUAAGGACAUUUCAAAGUGACCCCAAACUUUUGAACAGUAGUCUACGUAGGCAAUUUCCUGGACUAAAGAAACUGAUAUUUGCUCCAAGAUGCCUCACAUGUUUCUAGUGAUAAAAAUUCUGACUUUUUUCAGCUACUUGGAUCACAUUUUAUGUUGUGGAAUGUCCAUGAAACAAAUUAAUUAACAGUUAUUCCACGAAAUCAAGUCGCCCAUGAGCUGAUGGUCGACGAGGCAUGUAGCACCGAGUCGGUUAUAAGCCAUGUACGACAAGAUUGAGUGGAAUAACUGUUUCAUUCUAUCCACAUUCACUGGAUUUUGAGAAACGGAGCAUUUUUAUUUAAUUUUUAAAAAACUUUUUGAAAGUAUUUUUUUAAACUUUAUACGAAAUGUCUGACAAAAUCAUUUCUGCUUAGAAUGUAAACAAACCAGCGCAAUGACAGUAGCAAUUUGUGAAAAAUGCAAUAAUAAUUCUUGAAAAAUAAAAAAGAUACAUUCUUGCAUCAAA